GCUUUUUUUUCCUCUACGUGCAGUAACGUCACUCGUUGACGUGAUGACGCAGAGCGUAAACAGGAAGUCCAAAUAGAACAUGCGCUUGGACCACACGCUUCGGCUUUCGUCAUAAGUAGAACGUCGAUGUUGGCCGCCAUGGCAGCAGUAGCAGCAGCUGAACGCAGGCUGAGCUUUUCCAACAUCACGGCUCUGGCUCCCAUGGUCCGGGUGGGCACUCUGCCAAUGAGACUUCUGGCUCUGGACCAUGGAGCUGAUGUGGUCUACUGUGAGGAGCUGAUCGACAUUAAAAUGGUCCAGUGUCAGAGGGUGGUCAACGAGGUGCUGCAGACGGUGGACUUUGUCGCUCCAGACGAACGAGUCAUGUUCAGGACCUGUGAGAGGGAGAAGGACCGCGUGGUGUUCCAGAUGGGAACUGCUGACCCGGACCGAGCGCUGAGUGUGGCCCGACUCGUAGAGAAGGACGUAGCUGCAGUGGACGUCAACAUGGGCUGUCCAAAAGAAUACUCUACAAAGGGAGGGAUGGGAGCUGCUCUCCUCUCGAAUCCUGACAGGAUUGAAGCAAUCCUCACCAAACUGGUCAACGGUGUUUCCAUUCCUGUCACCUGCAAAAUCCGAAUCCUGCCCUCGUUGCAGGAAACCAUCAGUCUGGUCCAGAGGAUUGAAAAGACGGGGGUCACUGCCAUCGGGGUUCAUGGCAGGUUUAAGGAAGAGCGCCCCCGUCAUCCCAUCCACUGCGACUACAUCCAGGCUGUAGCUCAGGCUGUUUCCAUCCCAGUCAUCGCCAAUGGAGGUUCUCUGGAUCUGGUGAAGACACACGCCGACAUUGCAGAGUUCAGGAGAUUGACCGGCGCCUCCUCCGUCAUGUUGGCCCGCGCCGCCAUGUGGAACCCGUCAGUGUUCAACAGCGGAGGUCCACUUCCUGUGGAGACAGUCAUGGAGGAAUAUCUGAAGUAUGCCGUCCAGUACGACAACCACGCCUUCAACACCAAGUACUGUCUGUGUCAGAUGCUGAGAGACAAGGUGGAGUCUCCUCUGGGGAAGCGGGUGCAGGCGGCUCAGACCAACGCUGAGAUCAGCGACGCGUACGGCCUGAGUGAGUUCCACCAGCAGAUCCAGGAGCAGCUGCAGAGCAGGAGAGACGCCCUGCAGGGUGGAGACCCGUCUGAUUGUCCAGUCAUGGACGGAGACGUCACCACCAUGGCUGUCAAGUUUGAAAGGAGGUUCUAUCCUCCUCAGAUCACACCAAAGAUGUGUCUGCUGGAGUGGAGUCGUAGGGAGAAGGUGGAGCAGCCGCUUUAUCACACAGUGCAGCGUUCACAGGACCGAAGCUUCCAGUCCACAGUGACUGUAGCAGGAAAGAAAUAUAGAUCAUCGCAGUGGGAGAAGUCAAAGAAAUUUGCAGAGCAGGCAGCUGCCAUUGUCUGCCUGAGAAUCCUGGGGGUCCCUGAGGGGCGUGUCGGGGAGGAGGACUCUGGUCUGGUCUGUAAGAGGAAAAGGGAAAGGAUUUUAAACGGUGCCACAGAGAAGGAACAGAGCAAGAAACGCCUGAUAGAAAUGGAUGUAAAGCAAGAAGCAAAAAACAUGGAAACUCCUGUGGUUUCAAAUGGUAAACAUGCACCAGGUGGAGAACCAGGUGACAUUUCUCCUGAGCUGCCGUAGCUCCGUCAGGAAGUCUUGCUGUCUUAACACAAACCUUCAGCUGCUUCUUUUUUACCAUUUCUUUUUUUAAAACUUUGUUCAGGGCAGUGGCUCCCGAACACAUCAUCGAACAUUAUUUUCUGCUGAAAACUGAAUAUUUUCAAAAAUGGAAAUUUUAGUUAUUUUUGAAUUUGUCUCCAAAUUGUAGGUCUUUAAAUUUUCGAUUGAGAGGUCAGUGUAAAUUGGAUUGUUUCUGUCUUCAAUCCCAAAGUCAACCCCACAGAGGGAUAUGCCAGCCUUCGACGUCAUCACUCUGCCUAAUCAUGAUGCCUUCAGGUGUUUUGGACAGUAUGGUAUUAACAAGCAUGAGUUGAGGAACCGACAACUUUGCUCAAGUCUUGAAAUGUAAAUGUACAAAUAAAGAGAAAGUUGAGUUUUCCAA